AUGUCUCGCAGGCUCGGCGGCGGCAGGAUCCUGGGCAGUGGGAAGAGCCUUGGCCCGACCCCUCCGGCUCGAUCAUCCAGUCCCUUUGCUCCCUCUGAGAGCACCGUCUCCGUGGCCUCGUCGUCGAUAUCGCCACCGGCGAGCGGCAGUCUAGCCGACCUGAGCCAGGAUAUUGGCUCCAGCAUCAGCGUCGGGGCACAGCCAAAGGGCAGUUCGGCGGAUCCGUCGAGCCUUCUGUGCCCCAUCUGCAGCGAAGAGAUGCUCACCUUGCUCCAACUCAACCGCCAUAUCGAUGAUACUCACCAAGAGCUCCCUGCCGAAGAACAGAACGAAGUCAAGACAUGGUUCGACAAACAAGUCCUCAAGGCGAAGCGCUUCCAGCCGCUGUCGAUGAUCAACAUGAAGCUGCGUGGUCUCGAAGUCUUCGAGUCAAACGAGACCAACUUUAUUACACCGCCGCAAGCCCCAAUAGCAUCCGCCAGCAAGCUCCCGAUUGAAGCUCCCGUCGACCCGGAGGAAUUUAUAACGAGAAAUCACUGGCAGCGCUCUACGGGAUAUGACAUGUGCACGGAUCCUACUUGUGGAAAGGGGCUUGGACCUAUAAACGGAAACGUCAACUGCAGGAAAUGCGGACGCCUCUUUUGCGAGCAGCACACCAUGUACCAGAUGAAACUGAGUAGAAGUGCCAACCACGAGCCUGUCCGCGGUUACUGGGCUAGAGUAUGCGAGACAUGCUACAAGUCGAGAGAAGGAUACAACGACCAUAACGGCACAUCGGUAGACCAUACGGACAUGUUCAAGGCCAUCAGGCGAAAGAAGGUGGAGAGACAGACUCUGGAAAUUUCACGUCUCGAGAAGAGGUUGACAAAACUCACGAGACUACUUGCCAACUCCCCCGAGGCGCUCACAAACGCAUCAAACGGCUCAAUAUUAGCUCCUGUCCAGUCACUAACCGGUCAAAAGAACCCUCGGAAAUUGAUUGAACAGUCGGUAGUGACAUGGGAGGAAGACGACAAGGUGCCAGAGUGCCCAUUUUGUCAUCAAGAAUUCGGCUCCUGGACGUUUAGGCGGCAUCAUUGUCGAAUAUGCGGCCGCGUAGUGUGCGGAGAUCCUCAGACUGGCUGCUCAUCUGAAGUUAGCUUAAGCAUUGCUAGUCCAACCGGUCCUGGCGCAGAGAAGCCUCCGUCAGCUACUGCCGGCCAUAUGGCUGUGGAUAUCAGAAUGUGCAAGGAUUGCAAUAGUACCAUAUUCUCUAGUCGUGACUUUGCAGCAUCCCUGGCGCAUAGACCUCCAGACCAGCGAGCCUAUGAAACUCUUCGACAGUUUGAAAGGGGUAUACGGCAGCUUCUGCCAAGCUUCCAUCGAGCCCUGUUAGCCUUACAGCCCGAGAUGAAGGAAAACGGAGAAGUUGAUCUCAACAAACCUCCACCUACACACGCACAAAUCCAAGAAGCGAGCAAGAUACGGAAACGCCUUAUAGACAGCUUCACCAAAUACGGAUCUGCCGCCAAGAGACUGCGCGACUUGACUGCCAAUAAUCCGACUCAACAAAGACUCCAACUCGCAGUGUACGCUUCGGCGAGUACAUUUCUACAUACUAACAUGCUGCCGCUUAAAAACCUACCGCAACUGCUUCGUCACCGAUCGACGCCAUCCACCUCCUCAUCACACUCACAUUACCUCCCCUCAACAAACCAUUCAGCGUCAAGCCUACGGCAUUCCGAGCUGGCCGAAUCAGAAAAUGUCUCUCAGGCGGCCAGCGAGACCAGCACGGUGGUCAGCUUGCUGGAGACGGAAGAAAAAGACCUCAGAGAGCGCCUUGCCGUGCUCGAAGAACAAAAGUUUAUGGUUGAAGAAAUGGUCAAGUCAGCCACUGGAUCAAGGAGAUUCGAAGAAGUCAGCGCCUUGUCUCGGAAUAUGGAUGAGCUGAAUGGUGAGAUACAGGGAUUGAAGAAGAAGAUUGGGGACGUGGAGAAGAAGUGGGAGGUGGCUUACCGGAAUGGAUCAUGA